ACUGUAGCUACUACGAACUCUCUCUCUCUCUCUCUCUUCCUACUUAACACACGAUUAAGGUGUAGACAGAGAGAAAGAGAGAGGAGGGAGACGAAAUAGGGCUCGUGUUUUGUGGAACGCGAGGUCGAUAGAACGAAACCCUAGCGACGAGGUUGCUGCAAUCGAGGAGGGCGAAUUCCUAGUUCCCGAGACCGAGGAGGAGAUGACGUUGGGAAUCGCCUUUUCUCAUUGAUUUUCCUGGUAAUUUGUGCCCUUCUUGUUGAUUUGAUGUGAGAGGGAUCAGAUCCGGGAAUGGCCAAUCUCUGCGGCGGCGCUCGCGAUGGUUUUGCUGCGGAGAACGGCGGCGGGGGAGGCAAUGCGGCCGCCGCGCCACCGCCCGCGGCGUUGAUGUUGGCGGCGGCGUUGAAGGGUGAGGGGAAAUCGGCGCCGGCGCCGGCGGCGGUGGCGCUGAAGCGGCGGCCGUCGAUAAAGCCGAGCUUGGAGGUGGAUGAGUUCAUCAAUCUACUUCACGGAUCGGAUCCGGUCCGGGUCGAGCUGAAUCGGCUCGAGAACGAAGUGAGAGACAAAGAACGGGAAUUGGGGGAUGCGUAUGCGGAGAUUAAGGCACUGAGGUUGUCGGAGCGUGCGAGGGAGAAGGCCGUUGAGGAACUCACGGAAGAGUUGGCAAAAGUGGACGAGAAACUCAAGCUUACUGAGUCACUUCUUGAGAGCAAAAAUCUUGAGAUUAAAAGGAUAAAUGAUGAAAAGAAAACAGCAUUGGCUGCCCAGUUUGCAGCAGAAGCUACACUUAGAAGAGUUCAUGCAGCUCAAAAAGAUGACGACAUGCCCCCAAUUGAAGCCAUUCUUGCGCCACUUGAAGCAGAACUAAAGCUAGCUCGCCAAGAGAUUGCAAAGCUACAGGAUGACAACAGGGCAUUAGAUCGUCUUACGAAGUCAAAGGAAGCAGCCCUACUAGAAGCAGAAAGAACUGUUCAGAUUGCAUUAACCAAAGCCUCUUUGGUGGAUGAUCUACAAAACAAAAACCAAGAACUCAUGAAACAAAUUGAGAUCUGUCAGGAAGAGAACAAGAUUUUGGAUAAGAUGCACCGUCAGAAAGUUGCUGAGGUUGAGAAGCUCAGCCAAACUGUACGAGAGCUUGAAGAAGCUGUUCUUGCUGGUGGUGCAGCUGCAAAUGCUGUUAGGGAUUACCAGAGAAAAGUUCAGGAGAUGAAUGAAGAAAUGAAGACCCUUGAUCGAGAGCUAGCUCGUGCGAAGGUUACAGCGAACAGAGUUGCGGUCGUGGUGGCAAAUGAGUGGAAAGAUGCCAACGACAAAGUAAUGCCUGUUAGACAGUGGCUUGAAGAAAGAAGGUUCAUGCAAGGGGAAAUGCAGCAACUGCGGGAUAAGCUUGCAAUAACUGAACGAACUGCAAAAUCUGAAGCUCAACUUAAAGAAAAGUAUCAAUUGCGGCUUAAAGUACUAGAAGAAGGAUUGAGAAUGUCUGCAAAUGGUACUACUGCCCGAACCAAUGUGGAUGGAAGGAGUCUAAGCAACGGCCGUUCACGCCGCCAGUCUCUUGGAGGGGCUGAGAGUAUCUCUAAGAUUAAUGGCUUCUUAUCGAAGAGGCCAUCUUUUCAGAUGAGAACCAGUAGCACUUGUACAAUAGUCAAUCAUGCAAAAGGGACGUCAAAGUCAUUUGAUGGGGGUAGUAGAUCACUUAAAGCACUUGAAAAUGGGGCUGGCCUUUCAAUGAACAAAUCCUCUGAUGCCUUUGGAGAUAAGGAGGCACAUAAUAAUUGGGAGGAAAAUCCAGAUAAGAAACCGAACGAAAUGUCAAGUAUUGAUUUGAAUGAUUGUGUGUCUGGUUUGCUAUAUGAUAUGUUGCAAAAGGAAGUAAUCAUCCUAAGGAAAGCAUGCUAUGAAAAGGAUCAGAGUCUGAAAGAUAAGGAUGAUGCAAUUGAGAUGCUGGCAAAGAAAGUAGAUACUUUGACUAAAGCAAUGGAAGUAGAUGCCAAGAAAAUGAGAAGAGAAUUAGCUGCAAUGGAGAAGGAGGUGUCUGCUAUGCGAUUAGAGAAAGAGCAAGAUAAUAAGGCUAAGCGGACUACUACUACUACCAAGGCUGCUGUAAACAGUUCACAGCUGCCGCUUGCAAGAAAUGUGCCUCGCACUGGUCUGACACAAAAUCUUCAAUGAGUGGAGAUGUUCACAAUGCAAUCUAUCCUCUCUUCCAUGUUGCUUUUAAUAUCGAGAAUGAUCCGAUUGGGAAUUCGAAGCUAAGAGGUAGGCCUUUUCAUCUGACUAGUAAUUAACUCUAUCGUAGUGGGCUGCUUCCUUGUAGAUGUGUUGCCGAGUUUUGGCCAACACUGAUGACACCUGUUUUGGUAGUGUGUUUUCUGUCGUUUGUAUUGGUCGGUCGGCCCGGUGUUUUUGUCUCGUUGCUGUAAUCUUCUGUGUGGUGUUUCUUUUUUCUUCUUUUUCCUUGUUUUGUCCCCCUUGUAUAAGGCUGUGAAUAACAUUGUAAUCCCAGAUACAUAAGUAUGUGUGUUAUUCAUCCAAGCUGAGCUUGCUUUGAUUUUAGCUAA